CUGCUGAGGAGGCCUCCGUUUCCCUUGUACAGAGCGCUGAGGACUUGAAGGGGACCCUGUGCACUGCAGCUGCCUUCUUGCAAGGUCUGCAUCCUUGUGCUGGAUGCCUCAGACCUGGAUGCAAUACUGCAGAUGGUGUCUCACAAGGGCAGAGCAGAAAGGGACUUCCUUUCCCUGUUGGCCACUCCUGUUUUGAUGCAGCCCAGAAUCCAGCACAGCUGGACCCAUAGGAUUGCUUCUUUUGUGGGAGUAGAUCUGUAAGCAAGGGAUGAAUGAGGAAGGUGUCUACAUGUGCUUGCUUGAUGGAAAGGCAAAAUGGGAAGGGAAGCUGCAGAGCUGAGAUAUUGGAUCUGUCCUAGGGUUGCAAGAGCUGGAGGCAGGGAACCUCCCCACUACCCUUUGCCUUCUCCAGGAGGCUGCAGGAGGAUUCUGCUCCACGAGGGUCCUGGCCCAGAUCUACGUCUGCCUUGGCUGCUGUGCUCAGAGAAUGGGCAAGCCUCAGACAGCACUUCAGUACCUGAAGCGGGCCCUCCAGGUAGACUUCCAGUGCCAUCCUGCCCUGUCUCACACUGCAGCGGUGUACCAGGAGCUGGGGGAGACAGAUGCAGAGCUGCAGGCCCUAUCUCUACUCUAUGAGGCUCUGGAAAAAAACUCUCCAUCAGCUACUUCCACUAGUCCAUACUUCCUAAUCCAAGCAGAUCUCCUUGUCAACACACCAAUGUUAGCUUCUCUCCUUCGCCAUCACCACCCCUCUGAAGUGAAAUACCUGUUGGCACAAAGGUGUCUCCAGGAUGGGAGGGUGGCUGAUGCAGUGGAACAUUACCUGGAUUUUCUGGCUCUGCUGCAGGAGGGACUGCAGCAACAGGUUCCCCUAGAUAGUGGCUCACCUCUGCCUAGGAUCCCUGAGGUGUUCCUGGAAGCAGCAUCUGCCUUGGAGCAAGAUGGAAGGCAUCAGGAUUCAUUAACAGUGUGUGAUGAGGUCAUCAGCAGGACAACUCACCUAAUCCCACAGAUAGUACAAGUUGAGGAGAAGCUGGACCAGCCAGAGCACGCAUCACUGGAGACUGGGCUGGCUGGUGGGCUCCUGUCUCAGAAGAGAGAGAGUCUGUUCUGCCUCAUGUGGAGAGCAGCUGCUUACCUGCACCAGGGCUGGGCAUGGACUAAGCUUGGCAAAGGCAAGGAGGCCAUAAUGCAAUUCAGCAGGUGCCUCAACGACCUCUUGCGAUUUCAGCCUUGUGGGCGUGAUGUUGAACCAGCAGAGAGUCUCCUGCCAGAAGUGAAGGUUCUCCAGAAGAUCAGGUUGCUUUCUCUGAUUGGGCGAGGGAUACAGUUUUUGGAGCAGGAGAGGCACAAGGAAGCCUUGCUGGAUUUUCAGCAUGGCUUGCAGAUCUCACCAGAUGACACCACUGCUGCCUUCUACCUGGUGCAAGUCCUGUGGAAACUGAACCGAAAACAAGAGGCUGCUGAUUACUGGCAGAAGUACUUGGAGAGCCAUGCUGGGGAAGAUGGGCAGCAGGAAAGGCAAGGAAGGUCCUUCCCUUUGUACCUGGACUCAUGUCUGAAGCAGGCAACCUUCCCAAAGAAUGAAUCUCUUGCUAGAUGCGUACAGGAUUACCUCAGGACCACAAGGCAGGAUUCCUCAAGAUAGUCCAGUCUACUCAUUGCCACCUGCUGAAGUUUUGCAGCCUUCCAGGGUGGCAUGAGGUCCUUAAGGACUCCUCCAAGACUCAAAGCAACUUUCGGACGAAGGUGGUUUCCCAAAAGUCUGAAACAGAAGGACAGCCUCAGAUCUAUUUAAUUUAUGUAAAUUCUUCUGGGACUUCUUUUCUCACAGUGAAGAUCAUGGUCUUGAUACUGCUGGCACAGCUGUGACCCUGAGGAAUAUGUCCUGGGAGUGUGGGAGAUGAGUGGAGAUACCCUUGCUCUUUUGGAGUUAACAUCAGCUGUGCUGCUGUACCGUGAUGAAUCCUGCUCUGUGCUCCCUGCUGCAAGGAGCUGAUGGCAAAGCUGGACGUUCUUAUAAAAUAAAGGGUUGGCAGAUGCCCUGUUUUA